GUUAUAUUGAGGAAGCCUGUAUUAUUCCAUGUCCCUCAGACUGCAAGCUCAGUGAGUGGUCCAACUGGUCUCGCUGUAGUAAAUCCUGUGGGAGUGGGGUAAAGGUUCGGUCUAAAUGGCUCCGUGAAAAACCUUAUAAUGGUGGAAGACCCUGUCCAAAGCUAGAUCACGUCAAUCAGGCUCAGGUCUAUGAGGUAGUUCCCUGCCACAGUGACUGCAGUCAGUACGUAUGGGUUACCGAGCCCUGGAGCGUCUGCAAGGUGACCAAUGUUGACUUAAAAGAGAACUGUGGAGAAGGUGUUCAAACGAGGAAAGUCAGGUGCAUGCUUAACACUGUGGAUGGUCCUUCUGACACUGUAGAGGACUAUAUGUGUGAUCCUGAAGAGAUGCCACUUGGUGCUAGAAAAUGCACGUUACCAUGUCCUGAGGACUGUGUUAUGUCUGAAUGGGGAUCAUGGUCACGAUGUUCUUUGCCGUGCAAUGGAACUAGUGUCCGUGAAAGGUCAGCCGAAUCCCUGAGACAACCAGAUGAUGGAAAGUCUUGCCCUGCUGCGACCGAGACAGAAGCCUGCACUUUGAACAAGAACUGCUACCACUAUGACUACAACGUGACAGACUGGAGCACAUGUCAGCUCAGUGAGAAGGCUGUCUGCGGUAAUGGUAUCAAAACACGGAUGCUUGAUUGUGUUCGCAGUGACGGCAAAUCGGUUGACCUGAAGUACUGUGAAGAGCUUGGUUUGGAGAAGACAUGGCAAAUGAAUACGUCCUGUGUUGUGGAAUGUCCUGUGAACUGUCAGCUCUCUGACUGGUCUCCUUGGUCUGAGUGCUCUCAAACAUGUGGCCUUACAGGAAAAAUGAUCAGAAGAAGGAGCAUAAAUCAGCCGUUUCAGGGUGACGGGAGGCCUUGUCCUUCACAGAUGGAGCAAUUCAAACCCUGUCCAGUAAAACCUUGUUAUCGAUGGCAAUACGGUCGAUGGUCUGCAUGUAAAGUAGAGGAUGCUCAAUGUGGAGAGGGAACACGAGUGAGGAACAUUUCCUGUGUGGUUUUUGAUGGAUCCACUGAAGAUGUUGGCAAAGUAGUAGAUGAGGAAUUCUGUGGAGAAAUAGAGCCUAUUAUAGAUGGUAAUAAGAAGAUGAUACUUGAGGAAACCUGUACUGUCCCUUGUCCAGGGGACUGCUAUUUGAGAGAGUGGUCAGAAUGGAGCCUUUGUCAGCUAACCUGUGUUAAUGGUGAGGAUCUUGGGUUUGGAGGGAUACAAGUCCGAUCUCGGGCAGUGAUCGUUCAGGAAUUAGAGAAUCAACAUCUCUGUCCAGAACAGGCCUUGGAGACAAGACCAUGCAGCGAUGGCCAGUGCUAUGAAUACAAGUGGAUGGCGAGCCCAUGGAAGGGAUCUUCUCGAACUGUGUGGUGCCAAAGAUCAGAUGGUUUAAAUGUCACAGGGGGCUGUUUAGUGAUGCGCCAACCAGAUGCUGACAGGUCAUGUAACCCACCGUGCAGUCAACCCCAUGCUUACUGCAGUGAGACUAGAACAUGCAGUUGUGAAGAUGGAUACACUGAAGUUAUGUCCUCUGAUGGCACACUCGAACAGUGCACUCUCAUACCAGUGGUGGUGAUCCCCACCAUGGAGGACAAGAAGGGAGAUGUGAAAACCAGUCGAGCUGUGAACCCUACCCAGCCCUCCAGUAACCAGUCAGGACGAGGAAGGACCUGGUUUCUACAGCCUUUUGGGCCAGAUGGGAGGCUGAAGACCUGGGUUUAUGGUGUAGCUGCUGGUGCAUUUGUUUUACUCAUCUUUAUUGUUUCUAUGAUCUAUCUAGCCUGCAAAAAGCCAAAGAAGCCCCAGAGAAGGCAGAACAACCGACUGAAACCUUUAACCUUGGCUUACGAUGGAGAUGCAGAUAUGUAAAAAAUAACUUCUCGUGGUGACAAAUGGAGUCUAAAUUAAUGGAUUGAAAUAAGAAGGUAUCCAAAGCCACAGGGAUUUUCUAUGGAGUGGAUUAAAUGUUUUGACUUUUUCUUUUUUUUUGUAACUGCGCCAUAGAUAAAGAAGGAUGGAUGUCAAGGUAUUAUUGCUUUACUUUAGACCAUCAGCACUAAGGAAUCUGGCAGACUUACUUUAAUAGACACUGCAGUUGGAGAUUUGUGGUCUUUCCUCAAUCUUACAAACUAUAAACACCACUUCAGUCUCCAGAAUACUGUAGCUGACAUAGCAUUAACAGUUGGAAGCCCCUGCACCAUUAACCAAGUAUAAUCAGUACGCAUGAAGAGUUUGUACCAACCUGUCUAUGACUCUUUAUAUUCAAGCAUAACAUAUAUAUGCAGUUGAACCAUAUGUAUUACUCUAUC